UCUCUUCUGUCUAUCUUCGAUUUAAUUAAGUUUAGUAAUGCAGCAGUUUUUCUUUAAUUCAUAAAAUAUGCCUAUUAUUUGCAUCAUUUGUAUAGAAUCUCAACGAACAAUUGUGCAGUUGAUGCAGAGUUCAUUGUGAAGGCUGCAAGUGGAGUUUGUGGGGCUGGCUGUGCAAGUUGCGUGCGAAUAUUUGUGCGUUGGCCACUUUCAUGUUAAUGAUAUCUCAAGCAAAGUCAUAACUGCUCUUUUCUUUCUUUUCGAUUUUCUUUGUUGCUGUUGUUGUUGUUGUAGUUGUUGUUUAAUUCAAGAUGCCCCGAUCUUUUGUAGAGAAGUGACUCCACAAAUCAACUAAUUAGCGCAGACGGAAACUCUCAGUUACGUGUCCCCUGUUAUCCUGUAAAAAUCAUAUAAAAGAAUUGCGAGAAGGGUAACAAUCCCACCAGAGUUAGUCAGUGGGCUUUAUUGGAGCGAUCUGUUAAACUUGUUCAUGUGAGGUGUGCUAUAGAAUAUACGCUCUUAAAGUAACCUUAUAGAGACACCCCGCCCCCCCCCCCCACACACACAGUUUUUUUUUCUUUUCAACAGAGCCACUGUCUUCAACCCACUGACCCUCUCUUACUGUAAAUACCGCAAUGAGCAUCAGUCCUUUCUUUAAAACAAUCUUGUAAAGUUGGGACAUCACGCCUUUAUGUGACAAGGAAUUCAACCAUAAUUUGGUACAAGUUGCUACAUGCAAACCCUCAUCGAAAGGGGUUGGGGGACAGUGUUUUCAUGAGAUAGACAGAGCGUUUAACAAAAAAUAAAAACUUUUGCCAGCUUGUAAAAAUAUUAGACGAGAACACGGCCAACUCCUUUAGUGAAGUGGUUUUAAGAAAAGACACCAAAAAAAGCAGCACUGGGUACUUUUGGUCUCAUGACUCAAGUCAAGGAAGAAACAAGGUUGUGGAAUUUUAUAAAAAGCUUUAUGGUAUUUUCAAAAAGCAUAUAAAGCUGAGCUAUAGAGACGUGAAUGUUUUGUUUUGCCUGAGCCCGAGCGAGUGGGUGGGACCCCGUGGAGCAGAAGUUGGCCUAGACACGUGGUCUUCGGCUGACCAAUCAGGCGCCCCCCCAGGUUUAACUAUGUUAAAUGUCAGAUUGCAAUAAACUAGAAGCUGUUGGUCGGGCCCGCGGAAAUGGGCGAGCAUAAUCUCCUUAAUCCGGGCUUUGUGGGACCUUUGGUAAACAUCCACACUGGAGACACCUUUUAUUUCCCCAAUUUUCGAGCCUCGGGGGGACAACUGGCGGGGCUACCGUCUCUCUCCUACCCCAGGAGGGACAACGUUUGCUCCCUCCCGUGGAAUCCUUCGGAGCCGUGCAAUGGAUACUCCCAGUCCUACUUCAGCAGCCCCGUCUCUAUUAACCCCUCGUUCAACCGCUCGUGUGAGAUCAGCAGAGCGGAGGAGGCCAAGUGUUACUACGGCAACGGCGCCAGGGAGGCGUGCGGCGGCGGCGGCGGCGGCGGCGGCGGCGGUGGAAGCGGUGGCGGCGGUGGAAGCUCGGGCUCGGGCUCAGGUGGCCUCAAGCGGGAGGACAGGGCGAGGGACACAACCUCCUCAUCCCUAACAUCAGAGCACGGGAUGCACGCCGGGAUAGGCGCCGCCGCCGCAGUGGCGGCGGCCGCCUUCGCCAAAUACGAGUACGGCAACGAGCAGCUGACGCAGGACCCUCCGUCCUGCCAGUCCAUGGAGUCCGACUCCAGCUCGUCCCUGCUCAACGAGAGCAGCAAGCCCCCAUCCGGCGACACGCAGAGCCUGGUGUCCCCGGCAAGCCACGCCAACAACAUAGCCGCGGGCGGAGGUGCCCCGUGGUACCCGAUGCACACGCGGACCAGGAAGAAGCGCAAACCUUACUCCAAACUUCAGCUGGCCGAGCUGGAGGGCGAAUUCAUGCUGAACGAGUUCAUCACCAGACAACGGCGGAGGGAGCUCUCCGACCGGCUCAACCUCAGCGACCAGCAGGUGAAGAUCUGGUUCCAGAACCGCAGGAUGAAGAAGAAGAGACUCAUGCUGAGGGAACAAGCUCUGGCCUACUUUUAGUGCUGACUCGGCUGCAGAAGGUGAAUCAGCGAGACGCUAAAAAAAGAAAGAAAGAAAAACGCAAAACAAAAAGCAGCCCAAUCUUCUGUGCUCACGUGGUUUUCAAGUGCAUGCACGGCUUCAUCUUUCCAAGGAAGUUCUGUUCGCCAGCCCCAUUUCCUGCUUUUUUUUCGAGCCAGUGUAUGAAAUUCAAUCAUUGCUGUCGUCGCACAGAGUUGGGGAGCUUCAGUCAAGUCGACUCCCCAAUUUGAGGGAAACGUAACCAAAUUUCACAUAACACCCUCAAUGGUCUUUUUGCGCGCGCUUGCGUGUGAAUGAACGAAAACAGGCAGGGCCUCUUUCGAAAAAACCUUCCAAAACAAAGCUAGACAUUCAAAAGGACCGCCAGGACUCAAGUGGUUGAAUCCACGCAUCAAUCCACUAAUGUGAUUAAAUAGCAGGGAGGCGGGGGAGGGGGGGGGGGUCUUGCCCUCCGCGCAUACACACGCACGCACGGACACAACAUUAUGUAGUUUGGGCCAUGCGUUGGUUGUGGACACGUUCACGGUCACGGGCAGGAAGUGUGCAAGUGUGCAGGAGGAGAGCCACGCAGUACAUCAAGUCCAACAAAUAAAGGCAGGUUCCCCGUCUUUAUUUUUCGUGUGCAUUACAACGAUUGCGCCCAUCUGCUGUCAUUGUACUGCUUCCUACCUAUGGAGAAGUGCUGCGCGCAUUUUAAAAAAAGAAGGGGAUAAAACUCAUAUUUUAGUUGACAGCAUCUAAUUGUUAAGUGAAAAACUCCGUGUCCGUAUUUUAAACAAUCGACAUAUUGACGCCUUUAAGGCCUGAUGGUGUAAUUUCAGCAGGUGAUUUUCCCUCCUCCAGGCCUUAAACAGAAUUUCAGACUUUUUUUUGGUGCUCGUGAUGAAUAGAUAUCUUGCGAAUAAUCAUACCAGCAGUAUGAAUAAUAAUGAGAGCAAUCCUCCAUACGAAAUAUUCGCGUGUGCGGAUGCAGUCGCACGAGUAACGCGUGUAUAGCCGUUGAGCAGUGUAUUUGCAGCAUGACAUUACUGUGAAAGUACUCCAGGUCGGGCCACUUUUCAUGUCGUUGACGCGUUUGUCUUCUGAAUUAUCUGUGUGUGUAUUUUUUAUUUUUCUCCCUGUCCACUUUCCGAGGCGACCCCGCGUUGUGACCGCGGCAAUGCUUGUUGGCGUUGUUCUUUGAGCAGGGACGUGCGGGCGCUGCGCGGCCGCCCUCGACGUCCUCCUGCGACCUCCUACUAGUGUAUAACUUUGUCCUGCAAUGUCAUGACACAUGUUACUCGAUUGUGCGGAUCCCCGUUCCACGCCGUGUAUUGGUGCUUUAUGUUUUGGAUCGUCUUGAACAACUAAUACUGUCGCAUUCCGUGAAACAUAUUUUGUGGUCGUGCAGCGGGAGUUGGAAAUGUGCUCGGCCUCUUCUAUUAUAAAUAUUUACUGGCACACGUUUGAUAUGGACAAAAGGGGUCCCCAAAAUGUUCCGUGUUAGUAGCUGUUUGUUCUGGUGGUUCCUUUGAUUUGGGCCCUCAUUUGCAUUGAUUUCUUUGCGCUUGUAAGGAUUGCUCCAUUGUCUUGUAUAGUCAUCAUAUGAAUGUAUAUGCGUACGGUCUUCAAUAAACAGAAUAUUGCAACGU